UAUAUGCUCCGACCUAAUAAGCUCCUCGUUCUCUCCCUUUUAAUUGCAUUGAUCUGAGAGCUUAGACACAGCACAACAGCCCAAUAAUCGCCUAGACUUGCUGGUAAAUCAAGACCAGCUUCCAGAUUGGGAUAUAUUCUCCGAAGAUUUUCGGGUUUUUAAAAGAUUGAUAAUUUGAUUCUCAAUUCGAAGAUUGUGGAGCUAGUUGCCAGUACUUGUUCUGCUGGGAUCAUUCAGUAAUUGCUAUCUUGAGAAUUAUUGUGGGGCCAGACAGCUGAUGCAAGCAAUAAUAGCAUCAUAGCAUGGACUCACGCCAUUUUUUUGGAUAUGGUGUAACUAGUGCAGACUUUUCAUGCUCUUCUGAUCCGACUGUUCCAUCAAUACCCAGUAGGCUCUUGGAAUCCUUGAAAUUUGAUUUCAGGAACUCACCUAACUCCCCUUUCUCAGCUCAGUUUGACUCUAGGACCGUGACGACGUUGAGUGACAGUCAGGAGCAGCAUAGCUCCACGGAGAAUCUUUCAGGAGCCAGCCCUUCCGGUAACUCUUCAUUUGAAACUACCAGUUAUUUCCAGCAAUUAAGCCCUCCUCUGGACUUCCAUCAAGGCAGUCCACAGCUGCUCGUUGGUGGAACCUCAUUUUUCCAGGAUGCAAGUAGUGACAUGCAAUAUACUCUCAGGAAUUUAGAAACUGUUCUGAUGGGACCUGACGGCAAUGAAGUAACAGUACCAAGUCCUCAUUUUGGGGAAAGUAUGCAGCCACAAAUGUCGGAUCAGAGGUCCAUGCGAUGGAGCCAUGAUUCCCUGGGCUCUCACAUGGCCCAGUCUCAGCCACCCAGUGAUUCCAGCAAUGCAGUUCGUACUGAGAAGCGUCACAAAGCAAUGGAAGAGGUUUCCAUGCAAAGCUUCCCACCUGGCAAUCUGAAGCAGCUGCUGAUUGCUUGCGCUAAAGCCCUCUCCGAAAAUAGAUUAGAUGAAUUUCAGAAACUGGUUGAAAAGGCUCGGAGUGCUGUGUCGAUCAGCGGAGAGCCAAUCCAGCGUCUCGGUGCUUAUAUAGUAGAGGGUUUGAUAGCAAGGAAAGAAGCAUCGGGCACAAACAUAUACCGAACUCUGAGGUGCAAGGAGCCGGAAGGAGAAGAAUUGCUUUCGUAUAUGCAAAUUCUUUAUGAAAUCUGCCCUUACUUGAAGUUCGGGUACAUGGCUGCAAAUGGGGCAAUUGCUGAGGCAUGCCGGACCGAGGACCGCAUCCAUAUCAUAGACUUCCAAAUAGCUCAGGGAACCCAGUGGAUCACUCUCUUACAGGCACUUGCAGCACGGCCGAGCGGGGCGCCUUAUGUCCGGAUCACAGGGAUCGACGACCCUGUUAACAAAUACGCUCGUGGAGCCAGUUUGGAAGCAGUAGGGAAACGUCUAGCAGCGAUCUCUGAUAAAUUCAAUAUUCCGGUUGAGUUCCACGCUGUGCCUGUCUUCGUUUCAGAAGUUACACGGGAGAUGCUCGACGUAAGGGCCGGGGAGGCACUGGCCGUGAACCUACCUCUGAUGCUCCACCACACCCCUGAUGAGAGCGUCGACGUGAACAAUCCCCGGGACGGGCUUCUCAGGAUGGUAAAGUCACUCUCUCCCAAGGUGGUCACUCUGGUGGAGCAAGAAUCAAAGACAAACACGGCUCCUUUCUUAUCUAGAUUCAUGGAAACUCUCGACUUCUACUCGGCCAUGUUCGAGUCCAUAGACGUGACCCUGCCAAGGGACAGCAAGGAGCGGAUCAACGUGGAGCAGCAUUGCUUAGCCCGGGACAUCGUCAACAUUAUCGCUUGCGAGGGAAAGGAGAGAGUGGAGCGCCAUGAACUGCUGGGGAAAUGGAAGUCUAGGUUCACGAUGGCCGGAUUCCAGCAAUCUCCACUGAGCUCUUACGUGAAUUCUGUGAUAAGGAGCUUGCUGAGAUGUUACUCUGAGCAUUAUACCCUGGUGGAGAAGGAUGGAGCCAUGCUUCUGGGGUGGAAAGACCGCAACCUGAUCUCAGCAUCUGCUUGGCACUAACCCACCUAACUGCUAUUUACUGGUGUCCUCCUGGUUGUGUUUUGUUACUACAGGCAUAUUAUGGAGAAAUUCCAUCUCUCUCUAAUUUGGUAGUGUCACCACACCAAUUCCUCUUCUCCUUCCUCCUCCUAAGUCCCAACUCAGAUCUAAUUCCUAGGUAUCUGUGUGCGCGCGCUAAAGAGAGGGGUCUUGACAGUAACGAUGUUGCUCCCAGCAUCGUUGUUGUCAGUUUGGUGAUUUGUUAUUUACCACUGAACUAGCCUGUAGCCGUUGGAUUGGAUGACAAGAUGGUCUACAAGCCCAUGAAUUCUCUUUUUCUAAACAACUGACUAUUUAUUAUUU